AUGCCGGAAAGACGAAAGUAUCAGGCGGCAGACGAAAAUGAAAUCUUGAACAGCUCAGAAAUUCAAUCAAUCUACGGUGCAGUUCGUUUGAAUUCCGUCUCAGCUUUACGUCAACUGUUGGAUGAUAAUGAAGCGAAAAAAGAGAAUUUGCUGAAAUAUAUUCGAGAAAAUAAGUUUCCACCCGACGGCUCAACUCUGCUGCACCUCGCUUCCCGAAGAGGCUUCGUGGAAAUUAUAACUCUGGCGCAGAAUCGUGCUGUUCGUCAGGCUUUCAGUCGAUUUCGGUCCGAACACCCGGAUGCAUUCAACUGGAAAAUCAGCCAAAUACCAGAAAUUGUGGAGUCGAGUGAAGAAUAUUUAGCUGCAAAGAAACAAAUUCAAAGAGAAAAGAAGAAACAGCUGCGGUUCCGUUUUGAAUGUGACGCCGUUUGA